AUGGCCUGCCAACAACCCGUCGUGGCGCCGGACAGCACCACCGUCGACCCGGGCCACAGCCUCGUCAAGUUCCUCUCCCGAGCCUCGAAUCGCCAUGACACAUCCGCCGCCGAGCAAGGCAUCUCUGCCUCCAACAACACCAGCAUCGGCCUCACCGACGUCGAGAUUGAGCGUCUCGGCCGCGCACGCCCGGCAUGCUUCGCCACCUGGUGGGCCGAGAUCGCCUUCGUCAUCACCGUCGUCUCGUCCAUGGUCAUGAGCGAGUACUGGAUCUCAGGCUUCAACAUCAUCCUGCCGCCCGUAUCGCGUGACCUGGGCAUGGCCGACGCCGAGCGCACCUGGCCCGCGUCGGUCGUCAACCUGACCACCGCCUCGCUGCUGCUCGUCUUUGCGCGCCUCGCCGACAUGCACGGCGGCCGCACCGUCUUCCUCGCCGGCCACGCCUGGAUGUGCGCGUGGUGCAUCAUCGCCGGGUUCAGCAAGAACGGCACCAUGCUCAUCGUCUGCCGCGCCAUGCAGGGCGUCGGCGCCGCUGCCUUUGUCCCCGCCGGCCUGGCACUGCUCGGACAGACCUACCGGCCCGGCCCGCGCAAGAAUCUCGUCUUCGCCGUCUGGGGCGCCCUCGCCUGCGUCGGCUUCUACGUCGGCAUCUUCAUGGGCGCCGUCACCGCGCAGUUCCUCACCUGGCGCUGGUUCUUCUGGAUCGGCGCCAUGCUCGUCGCAUGUAUCGUCGCCGCCGGCUUCCUCAGCAUCCCGCGCGACCUGCACGCGCUCGACCCGACUAUCAAGAUGGACUGGCUCGGCGCCGCCACCAUCGUCCCCGGCCUGACCCUCGUCGUCUUCGCCCUGACCGACGGCGGGCAGGCCCCGCAAGGGUGGAAGACGCCGUACAUCUACGUGCUGCUCGUCGUCGGCCUGCUCUUCCUCGCCGCCGCCGUGUACGUGCAGGGCUGGGUCUCGGCGCAGCCGCUGCUGCCGGCGGACCUGUUCCGCCCCAAGUACAUGAAGCGCCUCUGUGUGGUGCUCUUUUGCGCCUACGGCACUUUUGGUCUCUUUCUCUUCUACAUCUCCUUCUAUAUUGAGACGGUGCUGCACAUGAGCCCGAUCCUCACCGCCGCCUGGUUCACGCCCCUCGCCGUCGGCGGCAUGGUGCUUGCCGUCACCGGUGGCUUCAUCAUGCACCUGCUGCCGAACCGCAUCCUCCUCCUCAUCUCCACCGUCGGCUUCCUCGUCAGCGUGCUACUCCCGCCCCUCAUCCCCGACCAGACCGGCCCCUCGUCCAUGUCCACCGCGAAGCUCUACUGGGCGUACAUCUUCCCGGCCAUGCUGUGCGGCACCAUCGGCGUGGACAUCAUGUUCAACGUGACCAACGUCUUCAUCACCACCGCCAUGCCGCACCGCCACCAGAACGCGGCCUCGGGCCUCAUCAACAGCCUGCUCUACCUCGGCCAGGCAUUCUGGCUCGGCAUCGCGGAGCUCGCCGUCUCCGCGUCGGUGCAGACGCAGGGUGCGGAGAAGUUGGGCCUGCGCGCGCAGUACCAGAUCGGCUUCUGGCUGGGCGUCGGGCUGUCGGCGCUGGCCCUGCUGCUGACGGCCACGGUGCGCAUCGGGUCCGCGUCGGCGGCGCUGACGGCGGACGAGAAGGCGGCGCUGAGCGAGGCGGAGACGCAGGAGAAGCCGUAG